AUGGAAAGUUUUGCCCUCUGCUACUGCACUUCGGAUGCUCGUCAGAAGCAACGUCGCUUCAUCAACAAAGCUUUGAGAUUGCCCAAGAAUAUGUCGAUCCGAGUCUUCUGGAACAGACUACUUUUCAUGUUCCGAUGCUACCAACAUCUCCCUGGAACUGGUACAACACCAACACCAGAACAUCGACGUGAAAUCUUGAUCCAAUGUCUACCUACAAGUGUCGAGAAUGAUAUGACGAGAGGUGACUACCGUUGGGACGAUCCUAACAAAACAGACAUCGAUCUUAUCAACUAUUUGACUCGUCUCCAAACAAUUGGUUUCUCGGAAACAAGGUCCAUUCCAACAAAAACAACAGUUACGAAGAAAAAGCCGGAACACAGCAAUUUCAAAAAAGACCGUAAAAACGGCCCAAACAAAAAGAAAAUUUGUGACUACUGCACCAAGAAGAAAGGUUUCACAUUCUAUGGUCACACGGAAGACCAAUGCAACAACAAGAAGAAAGAUCUUGCUAACAACAAAGAAGAAAAACACAACAUUGAGCCGAUGGAUGUAGAAAACGAGAACGCCGUGACUACUCAUUUCGGCUUUUCUAUGUCGAAGAAAGAAAUCUCCAAAAAAAAGUUCAACGAAGGCGAUUCCAACGCUAAGGAAAUGGCCUCACUAUGUGACGAAGAGCUCACCGAGUUCCUAAAUAUCGACGACAACGACGACGACGACGUUAAACUAGUUAUGGAAAAACCGAUUCCUAAAAAGAAACGAAAUCCUAAGUCUCCUAAGAAGACCAAGAAGGACGCAAAGGAACAAGCCCUUGCCAAGGCUGACAACGUAAGUCAACUGUUCGCAAUUUUAAAUGCCAAAACAAGAAAUCCAAAACUCACUGACAACCGCUCUAUCUCCGAUCUUACUACGACAGUAAAGGUCACAAUUAAGAGUAGUGAGAGUAACAAAAUUAAAGUGUUACAUGUAUUGAUUCUUGACACUGGCUGCUCCAAAACAAUCAUCAAACAAAAUGUCAUUCCAGACUCAAUGUAUAGCAAAAAUCAUGUAGCAAAAGAGACAAUUUGGUCGACCAACGCUGGUACUUUUACAACCAAGUCUAAACGUAACGUCACAUUCUGUAUUCCAGAGUUCACCUCAAGUCGUGAAAUAACCUUCCCAAUGCAUGUGGACGAAAGUUCAUACUCUAGCUACGACAUGAUCAUUGGACGUGAUCUACAAAACUCACUAGGCAUUGACAUCCUUUGGUCCAAACAAUCGCUAAUGUGGGACGGAAUCUCAGUUCCCAUGAAAGGUUACACAGAACGUUCUGAUGAAAGUGAAGACAAACUUCAAAACAUGUUUGAAGAGAUCAUGGAAAUAGAACAAGAAGAAGAACUAUUUGGCGCGUCUAAACUUCUGGACGCUAAAUACGAAAAGGCAGAUAUUAACGCGGACGUUGAACAAAUGAAUCAUUUAUCAGCGCACGAGAAAACCGCGUUGAAAAGUUUGCUCUAUAAAUAUGAAGAAUUAUUUGACGGCACUUUAGGCACGUGGAACAUUCCGCCAGUUGACUUCAAACUGAAACCAGGAAGUAAACCAUUCCACGCAAAACCUAUGCCGAUUCCACUCAUACAUAGAGACACGAUCCGCAAAGAAAUUGAUCGUUUAGUUCGCAUUGGCGUUCUCAAGAAGGACACGUCCAGCGAAUGGAGCGCUCCUUCAUUUAUUGUCCCCAAAGCAAACGGACAAUGCCGUCUUGUCACGGACUUUCAAGUCUUAAACUCAAUGCUCCAAAAACGAGUAUACCCACUUCCGAAAAUUUCCGAUUUACUUACGGAUAUCAGCGGAUUUACUUAUGCCUCCGCCAUUGACUUGAACAUGGGAUAUUGGAACGUCCGUAUUACUCCCGAGUCAUCUAAGCUCUGUACUAUCAUCUUACCCUGGGGCAAAUAUAGUUACCAAAAACUGCCCAUGGGCGCAAUGCCCUCAGCUUACAUUUUUCAAGAAGCUAUGAAUCGCCUCAUGGAAGGCCUCGGCGACGUCUUAUCGUACUUAGACGACGUCCUCUGUGUCACCAAAGGUGACUUCGAAGACCACCUUCAACGGCUAGAAAUAUGUCUCCAACGGCUCCACAAAGCCGGCCUUAAGGUUAAUUUACCCAAAUCUGAGUUCGCAACUCAACAAUUCAAAUACUUAGGCUACUUGGUUUCACGCCAAGGCAUUCGCCCUCUUGCUUUGAAAGUGGAAGCGAUUCAGCGGUUGAAACCCCCAAAAACUUUGAAACAAUUACGCUCAUUCCUUGGCAUGCUCAAUUAUUACUGUGAUAUGUGGGAAAAGCGCUCACAUAUGUUAGCUCCAUUUACUGAACUAAUCAAAUCAAGCAAAAAAGGACGUCCAUUAAUAUGGAAACUAGAACACACAGAAGCGUUCGAACAUGUGAAACGAGUGAUUGCAAAAGACACUAUGCUUGCAUUCCCUGAUUUCUCCAAACCUUUCACAAUACACACUGAUGCUAGCGACUUCCAGCUUGGUGGAGUGAUUUCCCAAGAAGGAAAACCUAUUGCUUUCUAUAGCAGAAAAUUAAAUCCUGCGCAAAGAAACUACACAAUGGGAGAACGCGAAAUGUUGUCAAUCGUUGAAACAUUACGCGAAUACCGCAACAUCUUGCUUGGUCGCGAAAUUAUAGGAUAUACCAACCACAAAAAUCAUACAGACCCAAAAACCAUUUCUCAAUCCCCAAGAAUCCAACGAUGGAGAUGGAUCAUUGAAGAAUUCGGGCCAGACAUAAGACAUAUCGAUGGAUCUGCCAAUGCGGUCGCCGAUUGCUUAAGUCGUAUGGACGCAGACUUCACGACGAAAUAUGACGAAUUCGACGAAGUCCAACUAGCUGAAAGGUUCGACAUGGACUCGCUGGAAGGUUAUAAGGCGGAGAAAUAUCAAUUCCCCCUCGACACCGGUCUAAUCGCAGAGUAUCAAAAGAAAGAUAAAACUCUAAUGCGACAUUUACAAAACCAUCCAGAAUACUUUUCCAAAGAGGUGCAUGGCACCGAAAUAAUCUUAUUCCACAAAAAGAUUUAUGUUCCUAAGCCACUACGACAGCAUGUUCUACAGUGGUAUCAUGACAUGUUACAGCACCCUGGCGUAACACGAACUGAGCGAACCAUUCGCCAACACCUAACUUGGCCAGGUCUACGACACGACGUCGAGACUCACGUGAAGCAUUGCCGCAAAUGCCAACUAUGUAAAAAUCCAAAACUUAAAUACGGCAAACUGCCAGUAAAAGAAUUUACCUAUAAGCCUUGGAACACCAUUUGUGUCGAUCUUAUCGGUCCUUACACAGUAUCUACAAAAGACGGAAAAGAUAUCAAACUACACGCCAUGACGAUUUGUGAUCCAGCGACUGGAUGGUUCGAAAUUGUAGAAAUUGAUGACAAAAAGUCACUUACUACAUCAACAAUGCUCGACCGCGUAUGGUUCUCACGAUAUCCAAGACCUCAAGAAUGA